UUUCUGGGGGAAGUCGCCGCUGGACGCAAGUUCAAAUUGGCACCAGAUCUAUAUAGGGCCAAGGGGGUGUCAGUGGCGUUCGACUCCGGAACCAAUCACGUGAUGGUGAAUGAUGAGCGGCCGGAAACUAUUUGGAAAGACACGAAUAGAGAUCGCUAUAUCAAGCCAGCGGGCGACGAACACCUUCCCGUGGCCUUGUAAUGGGGGCCCUGUCCGGUUCAGCCAGUUCAACCCCAAGGAUCGCCGCUGGAAACGGAUGACCUACGCCGAUAUCAUGUACGUUCCAGACGAUGUGACAAGCCUUAUCAGUACUAGGGUGGCCACCCGGGCGAAGGGAGGCGGCCUUCGAAAAGGACACAUGUCACCUUCCAGGACAGCAGUGGCCACAUCUGAGUUCCCGGCAACAAGCAGCACCCGUUCACGGCCAUGCGCCCCCGGGAGGUUGAUAUGCCUGAGCCCGCCGUCUCCUGCGCAUUCUCUGCAACCGCAAAGUCGCACGAACGUGCCAAGGUUCGGCUGUGGAAGAGACGACCUCACCCAUGCAGGACGCGUCGUCAUCAGUGCCGCUUGUGAACACGCUCAACGGCAGGGCAUUGCGAAGCAGGGACUGACGUAGGAGAAGCGCGGCAGCGCGGAUGCGCGAGCCAGCGGAGCGAAGCAUGGCAAAGAACGUCGACGCAGCAUAGCCCAUGCAACGC